AUGCCGCCCAAUGAGCUCAAGUUUUGGCCGUAUAAGACUGGAUACACGCGCACCAAGCUGGCGCACGCCCAGGGAGCCGUGGCGAUGGUCGAGUGGGUCAGCAACGGGAGCCACAACUACACCGGCCUAUUCCAAGGGGCCCCUAGCGGUCUGAUUCGUUUGUCCCUGGGCGGUCCGCCCAGCCUUGACCCCGCCAGUCCCUCCAUGGUGCCUGGCAUUGGCCUCAAAUUCCUCAGGAGUGGCAUGGAGGCCACCAACCUCUUCGGUCUCUACGCCCUGGAUGGACAGAGCAGCUUCAACUUCUUCGAACACGAUCUCACCAGCCACCCUCCCGAGCUGGGAGUCAACGCCUCCUACUUUGUUCGCAAAGUGCGAGAUGUGUUCGCCACCGCUUCGGCCUUCCCCUCCAUGCUUGGUUCGUCCGACUUCGCCAGCUUCACUACCAACGGACAAGCUGUGCAGUCGCCCAAUUUCCCCUUUCGUCUGGUGUUCCACCCGACGGCAGGGUACCGCCUCAAGCUGAAAGGCACUGCCCCGACCGCCCAAGUGCUCUCGGUGGUCGCCCAGGCGCUGGUGCCGGACACUGUCCUUUAUGAGGUCCACGCCCAAGCCACGCCCUACAGCGACGCCCUCAGCCCGAUCGGCUCACUCGUUCUUCGCAGCCCCUGCUACACGUCGGCAUUCGGCGACAAGUCGCUGUUCAUGCAGCACGUGCGCAUGGAGAAGGACCUCGCCCUGCGGCCCGAGUGGCUGGCGGCAACACAGGCCAUCGUCCGUUUCCAGCAGAGCCAGGGCCAGUACUACUACCCCGACCUCCCCUGGAAUUAG